AUGGGAAAGCAUGUUUUAAUGAUUGAUAACUACGACUCGUUCACUUGGAACUUGUAUCAGUUCUUGAACCAAUCCAAGAACUGUAGUAAAGUGGACGUCUAUAGAAAUGAUAAGAUUGAUAUUGCUACAAUUGAAGAAAUGCUGCCUGAUAUUAUCUUCAUCAGUCCAGGUCCAGGACAUCCUUCAACUGAUGCCGGUAUAAGUAAAGAAGUGAUCGACCACUUCAAGGGAAGAUUACCUAUUGUUGGUGUAUGUAUGGGAUUACAAUGUAUGUUCGAAGUUUUCGGUGGUGAAGUCAGUUAUGCUGGAGAAAUCGUUCAUGGUAAGACUACUACCAUAAAGCAUGAUUCCAAAGGAAUGUUCAGUGGCGUUCCACAAUCUGUUGCUGUUACUAGAUACCAUUCAUUAGCAGGAACUUUAAAAUCUUUACCAGAUUGUUUACAAGUUACAGCCACUACUGAAACUCAACCUGAAAUCAUCAUGGGUGUAAGACACAAAGAAUAUACUAUUGAGGGUGUUCAAUUUCAUCCAGAAUCCAUUUUAACUGAAUCGGGACAAAUUAUGAUUGACAAUAUCUUGAACAUCGAAGGUGGUAGAUGGGUGGACAAACCUAAGAAGUCCGGGAAGAAAAAUAUCUUGGAAGAAAUCUAUACUCAAAGAAAAGAAGAUUAUAAGGAAAUCGAACAAUUACCAGGUAAAUCCUUUGAAGAAUUAGAGAUUUAUUUAGCUAAUGGCUUAGCUCCACCAUUAGUUAACUUUUACCAAAGAUUGAAACAUACCAAAGAUGAUGGCAAAAACAUCAUUUUAAGUGAAUUCAAAAGAGCUUCACCUUCUAAAGGAAUAAUUAAUAUUAAAGCCAAUCCUGUGACUCAAAGUUUGACUUAUGCUCAUAAUGGAUGUUCUACCAUAUCGGUAUUAACAGAACCAAAAUGGUUCAAGGGUUCUUUAGAUGAUUUGAAAACCAUCAGAACUGCUAUUGACAAGGUUCCUAAUAGACCUGCUGUAUUAAGAAAAGAAUUCAUUUUCAACAAAUAUCAAAUCUUAGAAAGUAGAUUGAGUGGUGCCGAUACUGUUCUUUUGAUUGUAAAAAUGUUAGAACCUAAAUUGUUAUCUGAAUUAUAUAACUAUUCCUUAUCAUUGGGAAUGAACCCAUUAGUUGAGAUUAACAAUGACGAAGAAUUGAAGGUCGCAUUGACCUUGGAAUCAUCUGAGCCUUUGAUCUUGGGUAUUAACAACCGUAACUUAGUAAGUUUUGAUGUCGAUUUAAACACCACCACCAACUUAUUAUCCGACAUAAGAAAUAGUGGAAGGGAAAUCAUAGUAUUAGCUUUAUCAGGAAUUACAUCUACUAAAGAUAUUAUAGACUAUAAAAAGGAUAAAGUAGAUGGAUUUUUGAUUGGUGAAAGUUUGAUGAGAGCUGAAGAGAGAGGUGAAGCCGAUAGCUUCUUAAAACAAUUAUGUGACUGUUAA